AUGGCGCCCCAGGCAUCGCAACUCCCGACCAAGUUUCCCUGCUGGUGUCGAGCAGUAUACUCCUGGGGAGGCGAAACGAAACAGGAUUUGGGGUUUAUAGAGGGGGACUUGAUCGAAUGUCUCAAUGCUGGAGACGGAUCGUGGUGGACUGGCCGUCUACGACGCGACAGACGGAUGGUCGGCGUAUUCCCGUCGAAUUUCGUCAAGAUUCUAGAAGAUGACUUUGUGCCGGCUACACGCUCUGUGAGCCCGCUGCCGCCGGUGAAGGAUAGCCCUUCGAACGCCCCAUUGUACGCGCCUAAGAAGGAGAAGACUAUUUUCCGGAAACCCUUCCAGGGUUAUAAGCAGGUCCUGGGGCCGUCUGCCGAGCUAGCGAAGAAGAAUGCUGAAAAGGAGUCUGAGAUAUCGACUGUGCCUGCACCGCUUCCACGCGGUGGACGCAAGUCGCGUGAACUUGAACCCGAGUCUUCGCCUCCACCUCCGCCUCCGCCUCCUCAUAGGAUUGCGGUUCGAAGGCAACCGUCAUAUGUACGCCCUGCAUCUCCCAUGCAUAAUCAUUACCAACAGGCGAACCAUGACUUCAGGGCGGUGUCCAGAACGCCGUCUCCAUACCCACCUUCACCAGGGGGUCACGGUCAUACUCCAUCUCCAUUACGAGAUGCCAUGGAGGAUGUCAUGUCUUCCUUACAGGAUAUGGGAAUGUCACGCGAUGCUCACUCCCCAGAACCACAACGAAGCCCUUCCCCGUUCAAUCCUUGGUCUCCGGAUGCCUUUGAAAACCUACGCGACCCUCCGAAACAGUUCAACAACCGACCUUCUACCUCACUGGGCCUAGGAAACAGCCAAUAUAACCGUCACGGUGAUCACUACGGCCACAAGUCGUCAGAGAGCUUUCAUGAUAGGUAUCAUGAUGGUCCUCCCCAACUUGGCAAUUACGUACAAAGGAUGGAGUCUCGCUUGAGACAGUUGCAUGAUCAUGAUGAAGGCUCGGAGAGAGAUAAUCCCAUGCAUGUCGAAGAUGAUGACAACCCUCCCCCACCUCCCCCGAGAAAAGGUGAGUAUAAUUAUGGGCAAUCACCAGUACUGCCGCGUACGAGACCCCGGGGAUCAACAUAUGAUCUAGGUCGAGAUAUGCUCGAACGGACAUUUACCACCAAAUCUAUUGCAACAAACUCGUCUUCUGGCGUCCAGAGCAAUACCACACAUAGCACCACGAGCACCAAUCUCACCAACCCAAGCAUAAUGAGUGGCACAUCGGCUGGCGGAUUUAGCGCGACAAGUGCUGGCAGUUUUGCAAAGCGUAAUCAACAAGGGUCCCCAUUGCGACACGGGAUGUUUAGAUCCUUCGACAAUACUAGAUCGGGCGGGUUCACUGGCUUCGGCGACGAUGCUGGUGGUGAACAAAGGCCAUAUACCCCCCAAACUCCCCAAAGCGGAAGCUAUCCUCAUUUACCCCAAGACGACAGGCAAGGAGCAAGUUCAGCCGUUGGCUGGUCGGAAUAUAACAAACAAGCAGAAUCUCCUGGCAUCUUCGGAGGCCUUACCACUCCCAAAUCAAAAAAGACAGGUUUCUUGAAAAAGAUGAUCGAAUCAGCGAAAACGGGAGCAGCAACGGCGCGGAGUAGUAUUGCUACAGCCCAGCACGCACGUUCUCUAUCUCCAACCAAAGGGCUACUUUCAGGUGGCAUGGCCAGUUUCUCACCACCCAAAGAUGGCCGAGACGCCUCAACAGACACGGGUCUAGGAGGCAAUGACUGGGUUCAAGUGCGAAGAGACGUCAACCGCGCAACCUCUCCCAGCCGGAACGAACUAGUCGAGAGGGUCGAACGCUGCCAGAUGAUGGAAACUCCUGUUAUAUACGCUGUUGAGGAACUGUAUGAAUGUGCAGAGGGUGAUGAGGGCAUCGAUGGGCUACCGGUGACGGAACCAACCAAUUGGGCUGCCGUUAACCUUCAACUGGUCGACAAAAGCUCCCGAUUUAUCAACAGUUUACCUCCAAUGACUAGUCCAGCGAGUUUAGCUCAAGGGUUUGUGUGUCGACCGCAUCGCAGCGAUAUUCAGCGAUUACGGGCUAUAUUCACCUGGGUGGCAGAGAAGGUCGUGUGGGAUGAAGAAAUCGAUGAAGAGAUCGAUGUACGAAGGGUUAUCCAAAUGAAGAGAGGCUGUCCUCAGGAGGUAGCCGUCUUGGUCAUGGAAAUGUGCGUCGCAGUGGGCCUCCAUGCUGAAGUGGUCCAGGGGUACCUGAAAUCACCGGGUGAACAAUUAGAAUUAGACGGUUACACCCGUGUGAACCAUUGGUGGAACACUGUUCUUAUUGAUGGAGAAUGGAGGGUUAUGGACUGCUCCCUUGCAAGCCCAACACACCCACGGAGAUCCCUUUACUCAAGCUUUAACCCACAGGCGGCAGAGACGUGGUAUUUCCUUGCGCGUCCAAUGGAGAUCUGCUACACGCAUAUCCCUCUCGCCGCCGAGCAUCAGCAUAUAUGUCCUCCAAUCAGCCCAGAUGUCCUUCUUGCACUACCAUGCGCCUGCCCUGCCUAUUUCAAGAAUAAUCUGCAUAUGCCGACCUACGACACUAGUCUCGUGCAGUUGACCGAUCUGGAGAUGCUGCAAGUUCGGGUUCUCGUCCCACCUGACGUCGAGUGUAUUGCAGAGGUGGAGGCUAUCGCCUUUGCGCGCGAUGCAGAUGGCGACUUUUUCGAAAGUGGUGAUAUUGUUACAAAACGUGCCCUUGCCCAACCGGAUUGGAUACAGGGCCAGAAACGGUUCACUAUCAAGGCCGCUCUACCUGGUGAUGAAGGACAAGGCGUUCUCAAAGUUUACGCUGGCAAGAAAGGAUUGAUGCAUUCCAUCAAAGAUAUACCCCACGCUCUUGCCUUUGCACUGCCAAUGGCGCAUACAGGAGAGAACCCACCGUACGAGUUUGUGCUCCGUCAUCCAACGCCCCAUGCCCAAAGACACGAUCUAUACGUCAUACAACCCCAAUGCGCAAGACUUACCAUCAACAAUACCUUCGUUUUCGCAGUCCGCCAACACACUUCAUCGCUCCCUUCGUCUCCUAAACCUGAAGAACCUAGUGGACGGAUUUCUCCCAAUCCUUUCGCCCGGCCAUCUAGUGCGCUAAGCAUGGUUUCUUCCAUUGCCACUACUUCAAAUGCAUCAACUGCCUCCUCAUCAACGGUCUCGAGUAAUAGUAAACAGAACUCGCGUGAAAAACCAGCGAAGUUGGCUAUCCAAACUCCAUCUGGAAAGAUCCUGAGACUUAGUCGAAAAGCAGAUCAUAUGAUCACGACAAGCCCUGGCGGAGAUUCUGGAUUUGAUGGCCCGCCAGACGGAAGCGUUUGGGAGACAGUUAUCAAAGUUAGCGAGCGUGGUGUUUGGAGAGGCCUAGUCCUUGCCGACCGCACCGCAAGAUGGUGCGUCUGGGGCGAGUGGGAGUGCUUCUGA